AUGAACCAAUCACAAGUAAUUUCAUCUGAGAUUAUCAAAAAAUCAUAUUUGAAACAUGAAUGCUCAAAAGAAGUCGCCCUCAUACUGUCGUUAGAACAAGAAUUCGACUGGUUAAUUAUAACCAAAUUAAAUCUGAGCCUUUUAAAUAUAGUGCACAUUGUAGAGUUAAGGUUGGUUACAAAUCUAGAAUGUUUAACACUGUCGCAUAACAAAAUAAAGAAAAUCGAAAACCUCGAUUGCCUCAUGAAGCUGGAAGAACUAAACCUAUCAUAUAAUAGAAUAACAACAAUUGAAAAUCUCGACCAUUUAAUAAAGUUGAAUAUUUUAAGCUUGAGUUUUAACAAUAUUUCAGAAUUGAAAAAUUUGGAUAACAUUUCACAGUUACAGGCAUUUUACAUAAGCCACAAUGAGAUAACCGACAUUAAUCAAAUAUUCUAUUUGAAACGUUUCAAGUAUUUACAGUGCAUGGAACUGUCAAACAAUCCAGCUACCGAUAAUAAUAGACAACUAAUUGUCGAUCAAUUUCCAAAAUUAAUAUAUCUCGAUAAUAAAUAUAUAACGGCCGAGGAACGCUCAUUACCUGUCGAAACAGAAGUAUUGGCAGAGUCUAAUAUUAUACACAAAGCUUUUUUAAACGGAAAUGAUGGUAUACAAUUUAUAAUUUAA